AUGAGUAUCAUACUGUCCCCCAUGAGAAGCCAACAGCUGGAUGCCACAGCGACCAACGCAUCUCCCAUGAUCACAAACAUGACCCCUUUGGAAGAACCAGAGAAUGAGAGGACGAUAAAGGAAUUGGAUGCUAUCCAGCGCUAUGAGAAGCCUCCUCCACUUCACACUGGUGCAGACUGGAAAGUUGUCUUACAUCUGCCAGAAAUUGAAAACUGGCUUCGUAUGACAUCUGAGCGAGUUCGAGACCUGACAUAUUCUGUGCAGCAGGACACUGAGAAUAAGCAUGUUGAUGUUCAUCUGGUCCAACUUAAGGAUAUUUGUGAAGAUAUAUCUGAUCAUGUGGAGCUCAUCCAUGCCCUGCUAGAGACGGAAAUUUCACUGAAGCUUCUAUCUUACUCAGUCAAUAUUCUGGUGGACAUCCAUACAGUUCAGCUUCUGUGGCAUCAGCUGCGUGUUUCCGUCCUUGUACUCCGUGAAAGAAUCUUACAGGGUCUUCAGGAUUCGAACGGAAACUAUACGAGGCAGACUGACAUUCUUCAGGCUUUCAGUGAAGACAGAAAAGAGACCUGCCUGGACUCACUGACUGAAGUUGAUGAUGCAGGCCAGCUGACCAUUAAAUGUUCAAAAGACUAUUUUUCUUUGGAUUGUGGUAUCACUGCCUUUGAACUAUCUGACUAUAGUCCAAGUGAAGACGUGCCCUGUGACUCAGAGGCCAACAUGACUUCGAGUUCAACAUCUAAGACUAAGUCGAAACCUUUUGGACCUUGGAACUCGGAUCCGAAAAGAGGCAUUGCAGAGUUGGAUUUGAUUUCUGUUGCAAAUGAUAAUUCUACUCUGAAUUGUGAGGAAGCAAAUGCUGAUGAACAUCAGCUGACCAUCACAGAUCACCAAGCUCCAGGACAGGACAAGAACGAUGCGGCAAACUCCAAAACAUCACCUGUAUCAAAAAAUCAUCUAGCUUUGUCGCAGACUCCACCUGCAGAGUGUACAACAAUCCAAACUGGAAUUAGUAAGAACUCCAAGAUAAUCUCAGAAAAUAUUGUAGAUGAUUUGGAGACAACGAGUGUUAUCCAAAUGCGUUCUUCCAGUGCAAAUAGUAUCCAGAGUGAAAAUGCAACACCAAAAAGAACAAUUAAAGAUUGUUUCAACUAUAAUGAGGAUUCCCCAACACAACCUUCCUUACCUAAGAGAGCUUUGUAUCUAGAUGAAAUUUCUAAAGAUGACCUGGAGGUUAGUUGCUGCAGAAUUUUAGCUUCUGAUCUCUCUCACAAAGCAGAAAUAAGCAGGAGUACACCCACCCUUCUUGAUCACCCAGACAGGUCCAAGCUUCGUCUGGAUUUGCCUUCUUUCUACCCAAGUAUUUCCAGUGCUGCUGUCAGUCACUCAUAUGAUGAGUUAAACAAAGCAGGCGGCACAGAAAAUGGAUACCCGAGUUUGCAUUUGCAAUGUAAUUUACGAAAGCCCCCUUUAAGCCCAAAUAAAGUGCAUGUCCAGCAUCAAAGAAAGCCUUCACCAGUUAGUAAAUCAUGUGAUCUUCAUGAUCUCAGGCAAUCCAACAAUAUAUCUGUGAGAAGGCCCAGACAACAAUCCAGCAAACCUUUAUCUCAAAAUAUCAGUUCUCCUGUGCACAAACAACAGAACGACAUUUCUGUUUCAUCCGAUCAGACCUCCUUAUAUCAAAAGCAACCAGAAGACACAUUUACAACAAAAAAUUUCCAAUCAUGCUGUGCUCCAUAUAUCAAAACUAUAGCUGGUGAAAAUAAUAAUAUUUCAGAACCCCUGAAUUCAGAUACAUUGACUGAUAAUUGCAAGGACAGUAAUGAAUCCGCUUGUGAGUCCUUCAGGUGUCAGAAUCAGGAGAUUGGGAAAACAAUUAAAAAUAAGUCACCCAUGAGACAAAGUUUGUAUGAAGCAGUACCCUCACAGUUCCCUCUUCAAUCUUCAGAUAGUGCAGUCAGGGCAGAUUCUACUUGUUGUAGCCCUGCUUUAUCUUUGCUACAACAGGAAACUCAGACAGAGAACACCUCAAAUCAAAGUCAAAUGGCUGAGAAUGAUAAACUUGACACUUGGUUUGGAUCAAAUGAGUAUCUGGCUCUUCCAUCCCACCUGAAAGAAACUGAAGUGUUGGCUUUAAAGCUGGAGAACUUGACAAAGCUGUUGUCACAUUCACCUGAAGGUGAAGCACUUCAGAACAUCGAUGAUUGGGAGCUUUCAGAAGCGAACUCAGUGACUGAGGUAAAUCCAUCAAUUCCAGUUGGAAGGGAGAACAGAAAAUGGGUGCCUGUAGCUGGAACUAUUUCUCCAACUUCCUCAAGUGACAUAGCUCCUUCCUUAGAGGACAGCAUUGAAUCAGGCCCGCUUAGCGACAUCCUGUCAGAUGAUGAGCCAUCGGUACCAGAAGCAAGUGCUAAGCACCACACUAUACGCCAGCCCUCACAACAUUGGUUAACAAAGAUGCCAAAAAAUGCCUUGAAUGGUGCUUCUUCUAAAACAAGUCUAAUUCAACAGCUGCAGGAAGAUAUUCAGCAGAAGCAGAAUAACAGCAUUGUGUGGGAAAAAAUUGAGGGCUUUGUAAAUAAACUUGAUGAAUUGAUUUGUUGGUUGUUCGAAGCAAUGGAAACAACAGAAAACUGGACACCUCCAAAAGCUGAUACAAACAGCCUGAAACUUUACCUGGAAACCCAUUUGAGCUUUAAACUUAAUGUAGACAGUCACUGUGCACUUAAAGAUGCCGUGGUGGAAGAGGGUCAGCAGCUUUUGGAGCUUAUUGAGUCUCACAAGUCAGGAUUGAGAGACAUGCUGCAGAUUAUUGCAAGUCAGUGGCAGGAACUACAGAGGCAAAUCAAACGCCAGCACAGUUGGAUUCUUGGAGCCCUGGACAUAAUCAAAGCGGACAUAUUGGCAACUGAUGUGACUGCACAUAGUUUAGAAGGUUCUGCAAGCCCCAAGGGAGAGAUACAGCUUAUCAACUUGGAAACUCGAAGAGAUGCCGUGGAGCAGAUGUCACUGAAGCUCUAUAGUGAACAGUAUACAAGCAGCAACAAGCGGAAACAAGAAUUUGCUGCUAUGUCAAAAGUCAAUCGGUUAGAUACUUACAGCCUUUUGGACUUUGAAUCAGAAUACCAGGAGCUCUGGGAUUGGCUGAUUGACAUGGAAUCCAUAGUGAUGGACAGCCAUGACCUGAUGAUGUCAGAAGAGCAGCAGCAGCAUCUUUACAAGGGUUACAGCACAGAAAUGGCAAUGUGGCUUCCUAAGAAAAUACAUUUACUCAAGAAGGUUGAAUCACUGAGACAAUCUGGUAGCUCAUUACCCUGUGAUCUUUUUGAAAAAGUGGAUGGAAUUAAAGACAAAUGGCAUCUGUUAGAGAAAACACUUGGAGAGAAGACUCAGGAUGCAGCGCUGGGGCCAAAUGGUGCAGGAGCAUGCAAUCUUCUGUCACCUGAAAGCAGUAGCCUAGUGAGGCAGCUGGAUGUCAGGAUCAAAGAAUUGAAAGGUUGGAUGCGAGAUACAGAGCUUUUCAUCUUUAACUCUUGCCUUCUGCAAGAAAAAGAAGGAACAGCAGAGACCCAGAAAAAACUUCAGCAUUUUAAGUCACUGUGCUCUGAAAUUAAACAACGACGGCGUGGCAUAAUUUCUGUACUUCACUUAUGCCAACGUCUCCUCGAUGACGGAGAUGCUAACUGUUUGGAAGCUGAUCGUCAAUCAAUGCAACUUGUUAUUGUGAACCUGGAGAGAAGGUGGGAAGCCAUAAUAAUGCAAACUAUCCAGUGGCAGAACAGACUGCAAAAGCAACUAGGAAAAGAAAAGGUCUCCUUAAGCUGUAUUGAACCUGGCCUGAUGGACUUAAAUAUCUCAGGUGAAGAUUCACUGGAAUGGGAUGAAACAGACAUGAGUAACAAUUUGAUUGGUAUCCAAGAUGAAACACUUGAUCUUGCAUGCAAGCAGAAUGAUGUAUCAAAAUUUUCACCUGGACCUAUGAAUAAUCUCAUUGAAGAACUUAUGUUGGACGAUUAUAGCAGUGGGCCUGGAGAAUCACUAUACAGUCCUGGUGAACCACCUAUUUCCUCUUGUCCAUAUUCCCAUCAGCACCACAGCUUAAAUAAUCUACAGCUGCCUGGAAGAGAUUUUUCAUCAUACUUCAAUAAUGCACCAAAUUUUUCCAAUGCAAAGCUUCUAACCAAUUUACAAAGGAGUGCAAGUAAAGAUUCUUCUUUCUCCUCUGAUGAUUCUUUGCCAGACUUACUGGGUGAUUUGAUCCCAGUAAAAGAGGACAACCCAUUAGCACUGAGGCAUGAGAGUGAGAGUGGAAUAGUUAGUGAAGGUGAUGCAGAAACAACUUCUCUGUCAAACCACGUUGAUCAAGUACAAACUAAGCUAGCUAGCAAACCUCUGCACCCCCUAAUAGAAUUGAAACAUAAAGAUUGUCCGAUUCAAUCAUGCAUUUGUAAAAGGCAAGAUUCGCUUGGAAAGAAGGAAAUAAAGAAUAUAGCAGAAACACAAAGAACAAAAAGUGAAACAGAAUUGUCAAAAAAAAUUCAAUCACAGUGUCUGAGUAAUGAGGGCAAUCUACAGCCAUUUCAUCCGAAUAAAAUUAGUUCAAAGGAUUUUUCAAAUGAUCUGGAGGCGCAAUAUGAUGUAUUCACAUUUUAUGACUAUUCCUACCUACAGGGCCCUGAGCUUGAGUUAAACAUAAGUCACACAGCUGAAAGAAAGGAAACUACUAAUGGGAAUGUGAGCCCAAAACCAGUUGAAAUUAUUUAUAAAAAUGGACUCUCAUCUCCAGAUGGCACACUAGACUUGGCUAGGUCAGAAAAAUGCCUGCCAGCAUCAUCAAGUACAGUUAACCCUGAAAAUGGUCCUAGUGAAAUAGAUGACAAUGGAGUAUCUCCAGAUAUAAAUGAAACAGAUCUCACAUUUUUGUCUCAGAGAUCAUCUGUGGAGUCACUUUCAAUUGCUGGUGACAUAUUUAGGCAUGGAACUAACAAUCACAAAAAUGGUGAUCUCCAUCGCAGUACUUCCUUAGACAGCUGGGGUAAUCCAUGCAAAAUCACAGAGGAGCUAUUUAGCCUCCAAGGUUCAGGGGAUAUUAGCAUCAGUAGUGAUGCAGUGGGGGAGUUAAGCAAGAGAACAUUGGACCUUUUGAAACGUUUAGAAAACAUCCAGAAUCCAAUUAGUCCAAAAUUAAAACGUAGUGUUUCUGAUAUCACACUGCAGAGCAACUCUCUUAAAAUGUCAUUCAUUGGACAGCAAUCAUUUGAUGCCACAUCAUCAGCAAAUGAAGAUUCUGCUGCUUCUCUCACAGAGCUAAGCAGCAGCGAUGAUCUCUCCUUAUGCUCAGAGGACAUAAUUGUGCAUAAAAACAGAAUUCUGGAUUCCAAUGUAUCAUUCAAAAAGCGUGUUAAUCACUCAGUAACUGAUGAAGCUGAUACCAAUAUAAGCAUGAUUGUAAAUGUAUCUUGUACUUCUGCUUGUACUGAUGAAGAAGAUGAUAGUGAUUUACUUUCCAGUUCAACCCUUACACUAACUGAAGAGGAACUGUGCAUUAAAGAUGAUGAUGAUUCCAGUAUUGCUACUGACGAUGACAUUAAUGAAGAAAAUAAUCGCCUUUUAGAUAGAGACUACAUGAAGAAUGAAUUCCACCACUGGAUUAAACCAAUUUUUUCUGUCCCCCAAAAAGGAAAGAAAAAACUGAAUCCAAAAUUGAGUACAGGAGUAAAGGAUCAUUGCAAGGCAGACCCAAAUAGUAUCAGGUUACCUGCUUUCAAAAAUUCUUCCACACUUCAUCCAUUUUUAAACAGUUCAUUAUCAAAGCAGUCCGAGUUUAAAGAAUGUAAAAGUAAUUUGCUCCAUCCAAAAGAAAGACAUUUCCUGCAGAUUGAAACAGAAGCUCGCAGACACUGUAAUCACCAGUUAAAAGAUGAUGUAGAGAAUGGCAAUGUGGAAAAAUCUGCAUUAAAAGAUGAAAAAGAACUAAGUAGAAUGUUAGACAGCAAAAAACAUAAUUCCUUUGAAAAGAGGAAAAAUACUAGCAAAACCCAUACAACAGAAUGUUUGAAAUCUGAAUUAUUUAAUAAACCAUUUGAACAAAAAACAGUAUCACAACAGAUUUCUGUUCCCCAGAUCAUGACACAACCCGAAAAGGAUAAAAAGCUUAUAUAUUUUGAAGACAAUGGAAUAUCACCUACUUUUAACAUUGAUGGGGAGCCUACUUACAUGAAGAGCCUUGAAACGUUUCCUGAUGUUGAAGUAUUAGAUGGGGAUAAAUCUGCCAUUGGUGAAUAUGAGGGAAAACAACAACAUCAAGGUUCUCAAGCAGAAUUGAUGUUUAGCUGCCAUGGUGAUGAAGAUACGGCCAGAAAAGAUUCAGCUGUAUCCUCAUCUCAUCAUAUUUCAGAAAACAGAGAGUUGGAGGAAGUUAACAUUGAUUGUGCAAAAGAUAUUUCAAACUGUACCUGCCACUCUAAUAUUCCUCAUAGUGAUGGGGAAGAAGAUAGUUCGGUUCAUAAUUUUGUGAAGGAAAUAAUUGAUAUGGCAUCUUCUGCCUUGAAGAAUAUAUCUCAGCAGGACUCUGAAAUGGUGAGUCCAACAUCAGUGGCCCAGAUCAAGGAAAAAGUGUUGAAACACUCUCACCGAGCUUUGCAGCUUCGAAAAGGAGACUUUUACUCCUAUCUGUCCAUAUCUUCACACGACAGUGACUGUGGUGAAGUAAACACUUGCAUAGAUGAGAAAAGCAGUACACCAUUACUGUUAGAUUUAAGUGAAGAGGCUAGACUGGAAAACAAUAGUGAAGAAGAGAACUUUCUACAUGAAGAACAAUCCGAUAAAUCCUGCCUAUUUGAUUCUGCAUUACAAAAGGACCCUAUUCCGGAUGGAUUACCAUUGUUAAAUGGUGGACUAGACAUUGUGGCAUCAAACACUACUAAUGCGGCACCAUUUGACCAAAGCACAUGUGAUAGAAAUCUGAGUGAAACAAAAAAAGUUAUUAAGGAUCAAGAUACAUGUUUUGUUCCCAUUAAUCAAACAAGUAACCCACCAGAAGAUAACAAAUCAUUGGAAUGUGAUAUUCAAAAUCCUUACCUUAAUUCCUUGCAUCCUACAGAACAAAGAAACAGAACAAAAUAUUCAUCAGAUAAUAAGCCCUUCUCUGUCAUGUCAAAUGCUGAAAUGGUUGAGGUCAGUAAACCUCUAUUGAACAGGGAAAAUUAUGAAAAUAUUUCUGGAAAUUGGUCUCAUAGUAUGAAAAUUAAUCCAGUGGUGGAGGUACAAUCAAAUGACAUUAAUUUUGAGAAACCAAAAGACAAUUUGUCUCCUAGCACUAAAAUAAAUGUUCCACAAAAUGGUCAUGCUAUUAAGGAAGAUAACCAAGGUGCAGAUUGCAAAGUCAAAGAAAUCCUUUACAGGAAAGAAAAUUAUUGUGAUGGGAUCUUUAAUUUGUCUCAAAAAGAGAUCUCUAACUCACAAAAACAUGUAAAACAGAAUCUCAGGAAAGAGCAAAACUCUAAAACCAUUGAAACGAAACCUACACCUUAUGUAUCCCACCACUGUGAACUUCCCAGUGACUCUCAUGCUGCCAAAUCUGUACCCAAGGUAUAG